GUUGCCUGGUUCACAAACUUCUUGUUGAUGUUGAAGUAGCGUAAGGUAACGUAAAAAACAAACAAAGAAAAAUGUCCACAGUUUAAGGAAACAAUCAAGACAGCUCUGAGGAAGGGGUAAACUCGAAAGCGAUAGCUUGGAAUCCAGAAAAGUGACCAACUCUCAAGAAGAAACAUGAAUUUAAAUUCUUUUGUGGUUGUUCCCAACAAACUCAAUUCAAUGAAGCUGAAACGCAGGAAUCUGCCAGAGGUGCAUCUGGAUGCUGUGCAGCUGGACCAAGAGAGCAGAGUCAUUGAGAGCCGUCUACAGCAGCUACGAGAAGACAUGAGCCAAGAGAAAGAGGAGAGAGAAAAGUCAGGUGGGUAUCGCUGGAAGUCGGUGAAAGCCACUUCUCAUGGUGUGACCAAGACCAAGGAGAACAGUUUUCAGAAGCUGUCAGCGGGGAAGGUGAAGAUGAGAGUCCUUAAAGGGGAGCCAGAAGAGCUGGGCAGGCCCACGGGGAAGGUGCCACGCCCGCCUCCGGGGGAGCAGGGGGCCAGCAGGAAGCCCAGGCUGAGGGGGAAGCCCUGCGGUCAGUGUGAGGCGCGGGCAGCCAGGCUGAUGUGCGCGGAAUGCGGAGAGGACUACUGCGUAGGCUGCUUUGCCAGGUUCCACCAGAAGGGGGCACUGAAGAAUCACAGAAUGCUCCCCAUCCAGAUGGAGAUCCAGACCUCCAUCAGCGCAUUGGAUGUUGUGAGCCAGUUUAAGAGACAAAUUGAGCCUGAAGGGUCAGCUGUGAACAGCAAGAGGAAGGACGCAAAAUGGAGCCAGGGGGCGCUACCGAGCAAGCCUGCGCCUACGACUCUUCCACACACACAACAUUUCCUCAGGAAGACAGACAGUGUGAAAGAAGAGGAGGAAGAGGAGGAAGAGGAGAGCCGGAGCGCAGAGACCCUGCUGCGGGGGGAGUUUGAUGAGAAGGAGUCAGAGAGGUCCUUCCAGGAGGCUCUGAGGGAGUGGAGACAGAAGAGUGCGGGCUCCGAGCGGGAGGAGGAGUCAGAGCAGGAGGCGGAGUCAGAGCAGGAAGCGGAGGCGGAGCCACAGGAGUUGUGGGGGCUGUCUAAAAGCCUGAAAGUGCCCACAGGGGUUUUCGCUGCACAGGCAGACCUGGUCCAGAAGGUGGAGUUUGAGGUAGAGUUCAGGGACCAUGGCCUGAGUUACAUGGAGAAGCUGCUGGUGAAGAAACACAGAAGGACGCCCAUUGAAGAGUAUCGACCGCUCCCAUCCGACAGCCCGUAUGAGGAAUCUCCCAUGGAUACCGGCCGUUUGACAGACGAGGAAGGCCUGACAGCCGACGAGAGGGAGAUGCGGAGGUAUUGUGCGUCACUCUUCGCCCCAGACCCCACCCCCUCCACCUCCACCUGCAGUCCAUCCACCAGCAGCAAUCAGCAAGACCCAGCCGAAUCACCUCUCAGCAUGCUGGAGUUAGAGCAGAUGGCUGGGGACUCAGCUGUACUGAAAAGCACCUUUACAGCUGAACUGGAAACAAACAGCGGGAUGAUGGCUGAGGCUGAAGGAGUGCCUGUGGAACCAGGACGCCAGGAGGCCGAGAGAAACAAAGAGCCAGGCCACCCUUACGUCCCCACUACUCCUCCAAUGAGGAGCCCCACAACCUACAACCAAUCACCCAGACCCCCAGGGCCCACUCCUUCCCCCCAGAAACACAGGUCCCAUUUGACACUGUCACCUCCAACCCCCUCUCCACCAUCCCCCCACUCCUCCACAUCCCGAUCUGCCAGGGCAAUGACUAGCUCACUAAAAACCAAGCCGACUUUGAGGACGGCAUCCUGGUCUGCCCAGUGUAAGGGACGCCCUCAGUCAGCCGCAGCCUCAAGGCAGUCAUCACCAUGCCCCCUGUCCUCCAGGCCCAAAUCAAGUGGGCCUUCAGUACCAAACCCCCUGCCUUCCAGAUUCAAAUUAACUGGGACAUCACUACCUGAAUGGACCUCCAGGGCAAGAACAACUUUAUCAUCACCAUCCACGCCCCUGUCGUCCAGGUCCACAGACUCAUCACCACCAACACCCCUGUCCUUCAGGUCCAUGUCAUCUGGGUCAGUCACCCCAACUCUGUCAUCGAGGGAUGAUGCAGACGAGUCACCACCACCUGAUUUCACCUCCAGAUCCAAAAUGGCUGCAUCGCCACCAUCAACAGCCCGGUCCUCAAGCUCCAUAUCGACUGGGUCAUCAACAACAACUCCUCUUUCCUCUAGAGACAAAACCGCUGAAUCACCACCACCUGAUUUCACCUCCAGAUCCAAAAUGGCUGCAUCGCCAACAUCGACAGCCCGGUCCUCAAGCUCCAUAUCGACUGGGUCAUCAACACCGACUCCUCCUUCCUCUCGUGACGGGGCUGAGUCGCCAUCACCUGAUUUCACUUUCAGAUCCAAGGCAACUGCAACGCCGCCAGCAACAGCUCGCUCCUCCAGUUCUAAAUCAGAUGGGCCAUCGCUACUACGGGACGCAUCAUCCGAGCUGCCACCACCAGAACUGAAUUUCAGGGAUAAAUCAUGCUAUUCACCAACACUUGAAUUGACUUCCAGGGACAAAUCGGCUGUAUCGCCAUUACCUCUACAGACUUUGAAGUCCAAAUCAACUGGGUCUUAUCCGCCAACCCCUCGGUCGUCUAGCGACAAAUCACCACGUCCACCCGAACUGGAUUUCAGAGAUAUUGCAACCGGGUCGGCCCUACCCAAACUGAAUUUUAAAGAGAAUUCACCCGGGUCACCCACAUAUGAACUGAGCAUCAGGGGUAAAUCACCUGGAUCAACCUUAGAUGAACAGGAUUUCAGGCAUGAAUCACCCAGGUCAACCCAACCUGAACUGAGUUUCAGGGGUAAAUCACCCAGGUCCUCUCAACCUGAACUGAGUUUCAGGGGUAAAUCACCUAGGUCACCCCAACCUGAACUGAGUUUCAGGGGUAAAUCACCCAGGUCACCCCAACCUGAACUGAGUUUCAGGGGUAAAUCACCCAGGUCACCUCAACCUGAACUGAGUUUCAGGGGUAAAUCACCCGAGUUACCACCACCUGAAUUGGCCUCCAAGUACAAAUCAACUGAGUCUUCACCACCAACCCCCCUAUCCACUAGGUCUGGGUCAACUAAGCCACCACAAGUUGAACUGCCCUCAGAGUCCCAACCUGAACCCCACACAUCCCCACAGGUCUUGUUAUCGGUUAGGCUGCCUCAAUCUGCCUCCUGGUCUGAGCCUGCUCAGUCUAUCCCAUCUGAAUCGCCUGAGCCCCCACCGCUCUUGAAGGCAGCGGCAGCCAAUCGUCCGAGUCCGACCCUGUCAUCUGCACCACAGCCCAGGAGAGAUUCAGGGCACAUCGCUUCCAGCAGUGAGACGUGGAGCCGCGGCCCGGAGCUUUCGGCCCCUCAGGGGGAGGAGGAUGAGGAGAUGAGGGCCAGAGCUGCUUUGUGGGAGCCAGGCCGUGGAGAGCAGAGGGGCCAGGGUCCUCAAGCCCCCAAAGAUCCUUCUGGGUCAGACCCGGACGCCUCUUCGGGCAGCGGCUUGGAUCCGGAGCUGAACAUCGGGAUGUGCGACCAGCCUGUCUUUUUCCCUGACCCAUCCCUGGUGCUGCACAGCCUAGCCUUUCGUCCGAUGCGGUACACAGGCCUGGAUGGAUUCCUGACCCUGGGCAUGGACCCAGAGCCUGGCUCUGCUCCUCCCAGCCCCAACUCUGAACACAAAUCCCAGGAGGGCCAGGACCCAGUGGAGCGCCUCUUCGGAGGGCUGGAGUCCUGGAGGCCCGGCAGCAGCCUGCGUGACUGCGCGGACCAACAGCUGGUCCACAGCGUGAUGAGCGACCCGCCGGUCAACGUCUCCCCCCGCGCGGCCACGCCUAGCCAGGCUGCGUCUCCCCUGCAGAGGACCGGCUUCUUAGGGUCUACUGAAGGCCGGCCGUGGUCGGUGAGGAGUGGCCCCAGGGCCCGACCGGUCAGCGCAGGCGUGAGCGCCCAGCCCGGCCCCAGGCCCAGCUCCAGGUCCAGGCCGCAGUCCAGCCCCUGGCCCAGGCCCCUGUCCCAGGCGGCCAGGGAGAUCCUGGAGAUCGAGAGCGUGGGCAGGAUGGAGAGAGAGGACCCUCUCCUGGAGGAGGAGGCGGACUGCAUGGCCCUGGCCAACCUGGAGGAGGAGUUCAGACUGAUGAGCAGGAUAGGUCUCCCGUGCUCCUCUGACCCAGGGGCCCCAUCUCCGCCUCCCCCGCCGGCAGCCGUGGAGGCUCGUCACCGGAGGCCCUCCGCUAAGCGGAGGGGGUCCGGCGAAGGUCACUCGGACAAUGAGGAGGAGGUCCUCAGGGACAAGCAGAACGUGGCGUCUCUCCCCUGACCUGCACGCGGGACAGCCGGGCGCUACGAGGUCCCUGCUGCCGCUGCUGUUUCCUAACAUCGUUUUUUUCUCUCCUGUGCUCCAACUCGAUUUCCUCUCAGAAAAAGAAGAAAAGGACUUCACGAGCGGCCUUUUUUAAUGCGUCAAAAGCGGAGUGAGGUAACGCUGAAGGUAGCUUUAGCGGGGUCAGACACGAGCGGUUGAGGUGACGACAGACUCCGCUGCAGAUUAGAGAUGUUUCAGGUAUCGCCAUCUGAGAGGCGGUGAUAAGGUGACAUUUCAAGAAGCAGUGAAGAUUACGACAGAUGGAAUUUUAGUCAUUAUAUAUGUGUGUGCGGUGUGUAAGCAUAAUUUCCGUACUGAUUUCCUGAACAAGCAAC